UUGGUGCAGGUCGUUGGGAGGUGGUGGAGUCGGAGUUCGACACACACGUAGCCGCCAUUAGUACGGACGGCAGCAGUGAGGGGGCGAGAUCCCAGGAAUUUGGCGCACGUCCGGGGUUCAUCCUGGGUGUUCCCACGCAGACCCCCCCCCCCACUCAGCCUGAGUCGCUGUCCUUCGGAAACGAACGAACACCCGCUGCCGAAACGGCCGGGGAAACGUUGCUGCGAAAAUGAUCAAGACUCACCAUCGUACGUCUUCCAAAUGCCUGGAGACUGUAGAGGUGAAGAGCAAGUUUGGGGCUGAAUUUCGACGAUUUUCUCUGGAUCGAUCAAAACCUGGAAAGUUUGAAGAGUUUUAUGGAUUAUUACAGCAUGUCCACCGAAUUCCAAAUGUUGAUGUUUUGGUUGGAUAUGCUGACAUUCAUGGAGACUUGUUACCAAUAAACAAUGAUGAUAACUAUCUGAAGGCAAUCAAGACAGCAAACCCACUCCUCAGAGUAUUUCUGCAAAGAAAGGAAGAUGCUGACUAUAGUGCCUUUGGUACAGACACUUUAACACGGAAAAAGAAUGUCUUGUCAAAUGUGCUGCGUCCUGAUAUUAACCGAAAGAAACCAGCAAUUGCAAUCAGCUUACCACGUGAUUUUCGUCCAGUGUCUUCUAUCAUUGAUGUGGACAUUCUUCCAGAAACCCAUCGAAGAGUGCGGUUAUACAAGCAUGGGUCUGAUAAACCACUGGGAUUCUAUAUCCGUGAUGGCUCAAGUGUUCGAGUAACACCUCAUGGGCUUGAAAAAGUCCCUGGAAUUUUCAUUUCUAGAUUGGUGCAAGGAGGAUUGGCGGAAAGCACUGGUCUGUUAGCUGUAAACGAUGAAGUUCUUGAGGUGAAUGGGAUUGAGGUGUCAGGAAAAAGUCUUGAUCAGGUGACCGAUAUGAUGAUAGCAAAUAGCCAUAAUCUCAUCAUUACUGUGAAGCCAGCAAAUCAAAGAAAUAAUGUUGUGAGAAUUAGUCGGACUUCUGGUAGUUCAGGUCAGUCCACUGACAGUGGAACUAGUCAUGUUGCUUAUACGUCAUCUCCACAUAUUAUGCAAAAUUUCCAUUCUGAAGAAGUGGACAGUGAUGAAGAAACAGACAUAGUCAUCGAGGGCAGUGGUGAAGCAGAACACAUUCCAUUGGCAACACCCACUAAUGCUAGUAUAGCAUCUUUAACAAAAAGUGACCAUGAUCAUGGUUUAACUUCAAAUGGUUCGGUUGCUGGAGUGAAGGAAAACAUGCAUAUACCAUCAAAUCCCAUGAAAGUGGAUCCUAUUGAGAAAGAAAAUGUGAACAGGCAAAGCAUUGAAGAAGAUGGCACUGUUAUUACACUCUAAGUUUCUUGAUCUGCACUUAGAGGUGCUAGUGUUUUGUUAAUGGUUGCCUCUUGUACAGCUGCUUAGUCAUAAUUGCAAAUUGCUCACUUUUGAGAAACGAGCAACAUGAUCUAUGUAGUUUAUAUCACCAGAAGAAGUACAGACUUAGUGGACAGUGUAGCAAGAUCUUCACUGGCUGGACCCAUUCCAUUUGUAUUUUUAUAUGUAGAGAGAAUUAUUCAAAAACAAACACCACUUUUAGAAAGGAGAAAUAAUACCACUCCAUCCCAAAAAGAUAAAACAAAAGAAUGACCUUGUAUUGCUCCAAGUCAAGGCAAUAUUUUCUCAUUGUUGAAAUAGAUUAAGAAUUAACUGUUGACUGUACAGUUAUUGGAAGUGGUGGUCUAGUUAAUUUUCUUUACAAUUGUAAACUUUGAAAAAAGACAACACGAUCACACCCUCUGCUCGUUUUAUCCCUUUUCUUAAAAGACUUUGCAUGUGUGCAUGUAAUUGGUAAGGUAUCAUUAGGCACUUUUUAUAACUAGCACGUUUGACAAAGUGACUGCACAACAAGAUGGGAUUAAGUAUAAUUAUAAAUUUAGCCCUAUUCUUACAAUUAUAUAGUUGCUACUUAAUUCCUUUUUUUAAAAAAUGCAUGUUGCAGAAUCUAUUGUGCAAAAUUCAUUCUUUCAGGUUUUGUUUUGCUAUUUCUAAUUAGUAAGGAUUAAAUAUACUGCUCAAUAUAAAUUUAAUAAUCAUGCUCAAAAGACAAACUAAAGUAAUAAUAUCAGCAUAGGAGUAAUACAUUAAAAUUCAUAUUAUAGUUCCAUGCAGAUUAUGGAUUAAUAUUAAUUACCAGAAUAUCCCGAGCUAAUUGUUCUCUUCGAACAAUGUGUGGAGGACUGAUGUUAUCAUGAAUUUGGUAAUUUAGAGCCAGUGUACAUAAACAUAGUGAAAUUCUUUUGCCUUGUGCAAACAUCAUAAAGAGGAAAAUCAAACAGACCUAUUGGUAGUCUGAUUAGAUCCAACUCAGGCAUAUGAGGCCAAAUGGACUUCAGAAAAUCCUUGGGUGAUAAAAAUUCUGGGGGGGGGAAAUUGCCUUGUGCCAACAAAGGAAUCAUACGAUCAACAUGUAUUUUGUUUGGGUCCAAAAAUCAAUGUUACCAGUUUUCCUCUUUCUAAUGUUUUGGUAUAUACCAGGCCUCAUCACAUGAAAAACUAAUUAAUUAUUUAUUUUUAUCCCAGCUCCCUGACUUGUUGCUGUACUACUGAGAAUUUUAGCUUUGAACUUCCUUAACUUAUUGAUUCAUGCCUGAAUAUAAAAGGAAAUGUGAUUUGGAAGAAUACAUUCGCAUUUUAUGAGCCAUUUUAGUAGAUAGGUUUGGGGUUAUUCAAAUAUGUUUUCACCUUCCUGAUUCUUUCUCAGAGCUUUAUAACCGAUUUUCUUUUACAUCAAACUAUAGUGAAAUUUUGUACUGUAAUUUACAAACAGGAGUAGUACCUUACUUCUAACUCGGGUAAGUUCACCUUGUUACUUAUCAGAGAAAUCUGGGAGUUGGAGGAGACAGUGUGUAUGCAGAAGGUUUAUUUGCUGACAUUGGUUUCAAUGUUGAUAUUUUAUUGGUUUUACCAUUCUAAUUUGUAUAGAAGUCCAUGCAGUGAUGCUUUCUGUGGAAAUCUCUUGCAAUAUAUCCUUGACUUGUGGGAAUCAAGAAUUGUGUUACCUAGGCAGAUGUCUUUCAUCACAAUCAAUAUAUCUCCUUUAAAAUGAAAAAUUAUCUCUUUUGAAUUGAAUAACAACCUUAAUUCUUAAACCAUUUUUACUUUUUACAAAAGUUUAGCUUUUUAAGGUAAAGUUUUGGCUUAUUUUGAGUUUUUAAGAAGCUUAUCUUGAACUUUAUAAUGUACUUUACAUUUUGGGGUCAAGUUAUAAGCAAGCCUGUAAGAGAAACUGCUCCAUGCUUCCUACAGUGGCACAUUUAGCUGAAUCCAGAAGCCAUACUUGUAGGUGACAAUUGGAUUUGGAAGUACUUGCACUGGUCCUUCCAACAUAUAAGAGAACAAAAUGUAUUUUUAACAGAAUGAACAUUUUGAUCAUACAAAAUCAAAACCCCAAGGCUGUUGUAGAUUCCUCGGUCAGGUGACAUCAGUAGAGAGAUGUUUGAACUUUUAUCAGAACAGAUUUAACAUUUGAGCAUCCUCGACUUUUUUUGGAAAUAAUCUAACUUUCCUAAUAUUUUAAAUGUAAGCACACUGAACAAAUAUUCUAAUCAAUGUAUACUGUGCAUUUAUGCUUUCAUUUGAAUGUAUAGGAUUGUUUUUUUUUAACAAGACUUUAGUGUUUUGAAUUCAUAGUUUCCAAAGUUAUUUUUGUGGCCUUUACUUCAUUAGUGAAGAACAAUUAUUUUGAGCAAUCAGUUUUUGUGUUAUAACUGAAAAUUUAGAAAUGUCCCUUUUAGAUAUUAUUGGGUUAGUGUUGUCCCAGUGAUUUCAUGUUGUUGAUUUGUUUGAAAAAUGCUUAUUUACUCUGCACCCUGUCAUAAUUUGGAUAUGUUCAUUCUUCAAGGAGAGAUGCUGAGUUAACACCAGGUCUCUUACAGAAGUGUGGGGGAAAGAUGGUAGUUGGCUCUGCACACUCAGAAGCUGCUUAAAUUAGGAAACCAUUGCCAGAAAAUAGGGAGCAGGAUGCCCAGAUGUCUUUUUACUUGGUACAAAUUACAUGGCAAUUUAAUUCUGUUGUACUGGUUCAAACUGCUGCUUAUUUAGUGGAAACAAAAGUUGACAAUUGUGAGUUGCAGUCAAGAAUCUACACAUUAGUUACUAUCCUGGUGCAAAUAAGGCAUUUACUAUUUGUACAUUAUCCAAUGACUUCUCUUUGCUUCGUACAGUCCACAGUUCACACCAACAUAAAUAAAAUGCUGGAGGAACUCAGCUGCCUGACCUGGAUGAAGGAUCUCAGCUUGAAAUGUUGACUGUUUAUUCCUGUUCAUUGAAGCUGUUUGACUUAGUUCCUCCAGCAUUUUGUGUAUUGAUCUGCUCAGGAUUUCCAGCAUUUGCAGAAUAUCUUGUCCACAAUUCACACCACCUUGAAGAGACUGCAAUUUUUUUUUCAGGAAUUUGGUGAAUUUCAGUUGUUAAUGAUAUAGUCAUAUAUUAUAUCUGUUGACGGUUUGUAAUUUGAUUCAUGAAGAGAUGUUAAACUGAAUCAAAUGAUCAAUUGUUCUAACCAUGUUUAUCAAAUUAUAGUUGAAGGAAUAAGGAUUUAUAAUUUUUAAUACACUGUCUCAAUUAUUAAUCAAAUGUAAAUCCCAAUGGAACUGAAAUAUAUAAGUUUUUGUUUUAUCUAUUGAAUCACGUUGUAUAUGGAUCCAUAGAUUUCAAGAGAUCUUGCUCUACUUUUUUUCCCCAUUUUCACUUGCCCAUAGAAUAGUUUUUCCCCCAAAUCUUUUUAUAAGUAAGACAUUUCAUUAUGCUUAAAUUGAAAAUUUUACUGAUGUCAUAUUUCAUUAUCGAACUUUAAAUCAUUUAAUGAGCGGGUGUGGGAGAGAGGCCCUCCAUUGGUCAGGGUUGACCAUGAAUUACUGCCUCCUAGCCGUCUAUCUGAGACUGUACACAAACCAGGGCAGUAUGGUAUCGAGAGCAAGCUGUUGCCCAUGGAGGUGAUGAAUCCAAAGGAACGGCAGAGACUGAUGCAGUUUAGCACCUGUGGCAUCACGAGUUGCCAUUCAGCAUUGAACUAAAUGUAGGAUUGCCUUAGGAACUCCAGGUCCCGAUUUUUCCUCACGGUUUACUCCUCAAGCCUUUCCCAUGAGUGGGUAUAAUGCAAGGCAGUGAAGGUUUGAGAUCAGAGUUUUCCUUUUCCUGGGUGAGCUGCAAAUCAUGGCUGAUGAGCCCCAUCUCCCAACGCAACUGGUUUUAAGGUGCUAGUUAACCCGCCUUUGUCCCUUGGCCUGUCAGUAGAAACUGUUCCACUGGGUUUAGUGGCUAAGCCUCACAUGAAGGCCAGGAGCUAGACCUGGUUGUCAACAGCCAUGACAACCAUAAGAAAUCCAGUCAUUUGAUUGGAACUCUUAAUUUUUACAUAGAUUUGAUAAUUGACCACCAACAAAUAAAGGAAAUUACUACAGAUUAUGGAAAUUUGAAACAUAAAGAUCCUGUAUAUAUUCGACUGUAAGAGAAAUGAAGGCAUUGUUUCAGGUCAACAGCCUUUCAGUAGAACUUUACUUUUUCCUUGGGUGAAAAGGCUAGGACCUGAAAUAUUAAUGCUCUUUGUCCUUCUCCACAGUUGCUGCUUGACAUACCGAUUAAUUCUGUAAUUUUCUUUUACAUUAAGAUAACUAGCUGAAAACUUGUUUACAUUAAAGUAUUGAUAUUUGAAUAAAUCAAACAGCUAAAACUCAUGUAAGGAUUUUAUUUUAGUUUUUCUCAGUUACUUAACCAUGCUAGUCAAAACAGUAGCCACAUUCUCAAAACAGCCCACAAUACACUUAACACAUUUUGCAAAACUUCCCAUUCUAACUGCUAAAUGGACUCAGCCAAUCAAAACAGUAAACACUUGCAGCAAAAAUGAAUAAUGAAAUGAAAUAAGCACACAGCAUUACAUCAGUAACACAUGUAGGCAAUCACUGGCGAGAUGCUAACCAUCCUGUCUGAGGCAUAACAUUAACAGUGUAGUCAGCUGUAUAGUAUGAUACUUGUUGAUUACUGUGUACAUAUAAUGCCAGAAAUCAGGAUAUUUAGUCCGUUAUUGUAAAAAUAAUGAUUAUAGUUCCAAUCAGGAGUAUGAACAUUGAAGGACAAAAGAAUGAGAUGCAAGAAUGAACAAACAUCUUCACUGCAUUCUCAGCAGUUUACUAUCUGUUGUUGCAUGAAAAGCAAAAACAAAAUUGCUCACACCUUUGCGGCAGGAGUGAGAGAUCUCUGAUAACAAAAAUGUAAAGCAAUAAUAAUCACCUUUGAUCUUUUGUGUCCCUAAUGUUGGACCACAUGUUUUCAUCAACAUUGCAUAGAAUGUGCUCCCUUAGCAAUGCAGCAGGGAAAACGCCUCCUGGAAUACCUAAUCCAGCCCUCGCAGUCUGACACGGUGAUUAUUGACAAACCGAAUAUCCAUCAGCAUUUGCUCAUUAGGAAGCUUGUUAUAGACCCUUCAUCUCCAGGAGGGAAAAAUCCUCAAAAGAAUGAUUGAGAAAUAGGAAGUAUGGUGGAAGGAUUUUGAUGGGUAUGUGUGGUUGUGCCUGAAACUAGUCUGUCACUGCAGAUGAGUGGUGGAAAGAUGCAGUGUCCCACAUGAUGAUGUAGUGUGGGGCUUUUGAUCCUGGCAUCUUCUUCUUCCUCGCACUCUAGUUGUCUAGAGCCCAUCAAGGAAUACGAUGAAGUGUGGGGUUGUACGUCACUCAGUCAUUGGGAUGUAUGCUUAAACACUGGUGUCAGAUAGGGCUGCACACAUGGUAAUGUUUGAACCUCUCUGGCAUGGUACCUAGACUGUUGCACCUUGCUCUACAACAUUCCUCCCUCGCCUCCUUGUCUUGGAUAUACUGAAGCCAGCUCCAUCAGUGUAGAUCAGUGGUUCCCAACCUUUUUUAUGCCAUGGACCCCUACCAUUAAUCGAGGGGUCUGUGUACCCCAGGUUGGGAACCCCUGAUGUAGGUUAAUUUAUGUGGUAACACAUUGGACUCCAGCUCCAUUACCCUCUGGAAAUCACAAUAAUGACAAUAGAGAAGACAAAGUCAGGAAGAGUUUUUGAUAAGGAACAGAGUAAUUUGCGAAGUCUACAUAUACAAUGUUGACAACUUGUAUAUCAAGAUUCUUCAGACCCGUAAUCUUGUCACUGAUUUUAAUAAAAGGGCACUCUGUAGAUCUGUUUCAUUUUGAUGUGGUUUCAACACCCUAUCAAUUGUUGAUGUAUUCUGAAUGGAUAUUUGAGAAUGUGGUACGAUCUGCAAUUACAGCUGUCUAUUCAUGCAAGCGUAUGGCAUUGUUCGCUAGAACCGUCUGAACGAUUGCUACCUCUUGUUCAGCAUUGAACACCUUGGCUCACCCACUAACUAGAUGUCUAUUUUCAGUUGAAUGAAAACACAAGUAUAUUUCCACUGAAAUACAUUUACUAUGGCACACUAUUUGUAGAGGGGAAAUUGCUGUUUCAUACAUGGUGUCAAACUUAGUUACAUAUCAUACAGGUGUAAAUUUGAUAUGUGGUGUCUUACCAAUUCUCAUUUCUGAAUGUCCAAAUAAUUGAUGCCACGCAUGAAUGUGACACAUCAGGCUGCACCCUUAGACCAGCCUCACACGUGCACAGGCCAUAGUUUAGGACAAUAGUUGCUGGUAUGUCACGAGAGACCUCUUCUUCACAGUCCCCUCCCAUCUCCUCUUUCAGCAUACAUCUGUACUCUUCCCAUUCCAUAUUAGGUGUGUGGAUGUUCUUUCCUUUUCAUUUUCUAUUUUCAAAUGAUGCUACACCACCAUAUUAUAGAAACAUAUAAAGUUAUGAAAGGGGUAGAUAAGAUAGAGGCAGGAAAGUUGUUUCCACUGGUAGGUGAGAGUAGAACUAGGGGACAUAGCCUCAAGAUUUGGUGGAGUAGAUUUAGGAUGGAGAUGAGAAGGAACUGCUUUUCCCAGAGAGUGGUGAAUCUAGAAUUUUCUGCCAAGUGAAGCCGUGGAGGCUACCUCAGUAAAUGUAUUUAAGUUGAGGUUGAAUAGAAUUUUGCAUAGUAGGAGAAUUUAAGAGUUAUGGAGAAAAGGCAGGUAAGUGGAGAGGAGUCCAUGGCCCGAUCAGCCUUGAUCUUAUUGAAUGGUGGAGCAGGCUCAAUGGGCCAAAUAGCCUACUCCUGCUCCUAUUUCUUAUGUUCUUACCACCAUCAAUUCUUGCCACCACUUUUAUGUGUGUCUGUAUCUGCUGAUUGGUGUAUCAAUAGAUCUGCAAUGAUUUCUUAAUUCCUUCCAAAAUGGAGUCACCUCUGAAUCAAUGAUUUGGGAUUGAUUGCUGCCAGCUUGGGCAUUUGAUAGUGUUUUGCUUGACCUGACACUAGUAAUUAAUUUAUGUUUCUUCUCAUGACUGCUGUGUCUAGUGUCUUGCAAAAAGUUUAUUAGCAAUUAAGAUGGGCAUACAUGCAAUGAGAAAUAGUUGUGCUGAGGUGAUUGCUGUUCUGCUCAUAUGGAGUUUAAAGUUGAUCACAUGCACUUCUGGCUUGAUCAAGGUGUCUAGACAAUUGAGAAACACUGUAAGUGGGUCCAUAUCAAACUAAAGGAGAGCUUCAUAUGGUUGACUUUCAUUGCAAAGGUUCCUAAUGCUUCAUCUGUCAUCAUGAAGUAAUUAUUAACAUAAUUAGAAUGUUAUAUCUUUAAAGUAUUUCUAAAACUCCCAUCAACUUGAAUUUUUUCUCAAUAAUAUCAUAUAGAUUUUAUGAAUAUUGGAUGUGACAAAGAGCUUUGAUUUUGAACCAGUACCGAUUUGACUUUCUGAAUUACAGUAACAUGGAAUUCCUUUAAUUGUACAGCUACCAGUGAGUUAGUUGCUGAAGUGUUUGUAGUGGAGAAGAUGAAAUGCGAGCAUCUUUUGAAGCGAAAGAAAUGGAUUUUUUCUUAAUAAUGGCGAGUUAAAUUUUUAUGAUGACGAGACUCUAAACAUUGCAGAUAUAAUCUCACUGAUAUAGAAUUGUAAUGAGAAUUUUGCAGCAGUUAUUUAAUUGCAGUGUUAGGGCACUCAUGAAAAACAUCAGUUACUCAAGUUACUCUAUGCCAUUUUAGAUUAAAUUAUGAUGCUUUUUGUUGUUCUGUGCUGUGAGGGAUGAUGUAUAGGAGAGAAAACUGACAAAAUAGAUUUAAUGAUUCCACGAUUGCAGUAUUGUGCUUAAUUAUUGGUGGAGAAAAACUUUUAGUUUGUAUAGGGAGGAUAGCUAAAUAUUCAUGUACUAUCUAAAAUACAUGAAUUACUCUAGAAAAAUUGUAAGUACUGUAUUAUGUAUUAGAAAAAUCAGCUGAAUCAAUCGAUAUAAUGCAACAAUUUACCUACCCCCCCAGCUUAUUCAUUUGCACAUGCAUGAUCAUGUGCUUUUUGAAUUAGUUUAAAAUUGAAGGUUUAUUUGCACCCAAAACAGUGAAUGUGAUUAAACAAUCAUUUUUAGCUUAUACUGGACAAAAUGCAUGAAAUGCACUUCCUUUGAUUUAGAAUUACACUGGACAACUUUCAGAUUUUCUGAUUCUUAAUCUUUAUAAAUAUUUUGGUUAUUUUAAUACACUGAUCUUCACAAACUAAUUGCAUUUAUAAAGCACACAGUUGAGUUGUAUUGUUCAGAACACAUUAAUGCUCACUGGUUCAUUAAAUAACAGGGUAAUAGAUCAAAUAAUUUGCUAUGGUACAUUUUAGUUGUGCAUGUACCCUCUGCUGGUUACUGGUAGUACUACAUGUCUUAUGACUGAAGUGCAUUUCAUUGUGGGCCAUUGUAAGGUUUUGUAUCUCAAACCACUGGAAGAGAAAUGUGUAAAUAAAUGCUUUCUUAAGUAGUUAUUUUAUUAUCGAGCAAUUUGUAAGAGUAAUUACUCAAAUUGGAAAACAAAUUGCAGAUAAUAAGCACAUUUUAGUUUUAGUCUUGAUUGUUUCAUUUACUACCUCUUUGAACUAUAUACUUAAAAAUACUGCACUCUGACAUGAUCUUGGCCAAUUACAUAUCAUUCCAAGUAGUUUGUAUUCCAUAGUGAAAAUACAGCCACAAAUUGCUUCUCUUUUUUAAAAAAAAAACUAUAGUUGAAAAUUCUUUGUUUUAACUAUUCUUUGUGAAUAAAAUGCUAUUGAUUUUUUACCACAUUUUUAUGAAAAAAUUGUAAAGAAUAGGCACAAUUAUCAGUAUUUUCUUACCACUAUACAAUGUACGUUUAUAUGAUCACACUAAAGAGAAACUUUACAAUGUAGAAUUGAAGAUUGUAGCCUCAUGCUUAAUAUAUUUGUAUUGACUGGAGAAAGUAGAGGCUUCAAUUUUUGUAGUUAUUGUGAAGUCUGAUUUCCUGUGCUAUAGAAAGCAUUGUGGUACUUUUUUUUAAAAAAAAUUGCUUUUCCUUGGAUUAUAAGACAAUAGAUAAUCGUAUGUUUUAUGCAAUUCAUGAAUUUCUUUACAUACUUUGAAUGAUUCCAAAAUCAUUGAAUGACACAACUGAGCAAGUUAAAAAUUAAUAAAUUGUAAGAGAUAAGGAAAGGACUUGUGUUACUGAUAGGUACUUGUACAAACUUGGAUUUGCAGAGUUUGACAAUUUUUAAUUUUUUAUGAUCAGUAUUUUAAAUCUUGAAAUUACUUGUAAACUGUGCUAGAAGACUAUUCCUUAAUCCAAAUAAUAAAUGAGAUAUUGCACUUUAAUUCCCUGUGCUAAACUUUUCACAUAGCAUUGACUUGGUACCAAAUGCAUUCUGUGGAAGUGGGAACAGAAAACUUGGCAUGCAUAUUGUUGAAUAUAACAAUAAAAAUGAUGA